AUGAACACCAACGCCAUCUCCAAGUCUAUCGCCGCCCCUGUCCUCCCUGAAACCAAGGAGGCGCACGCGGCGCUUAUUGUGCAGCUCGAGGAGCAACUAGCCGCCGUCAAGGCCGCCUAUUCUGCGAAGUGGUCGAGGGCCACCUCAGGCGUUGAGACUAUCGAGAUGGCGGCCAGCACCGCGAGUGCAUUCGACGCAACCCAAAUCCAAGCAUAUGAACACGAGCUUGUUAUCCCUGGAGUUGACCUCAACGCCGCGGCUGUCCCCGGGCCCCCUCACUACCCCAGCUGCUGUCUCGACCACCGCCUCCGCUCAAGCCAGACCCGCCGCCCGCACCGCCUGCGUCGCGAAGACGCAGUGACCAAAGUGCAGACUUGGUUCGGACCCGUCUUUGUCUCGAAGAACUAUGCGCAGGCGGAGUUGGAAGUGUACAGAAAGCCAAAGGGAGUGAAAAGCACCUUCUCUCAUUUCUUGCACGACAUGCCUCGGACUAGUGAAGAGCACCUUCUCUCAUUUGCUGCAUGGGAUACCAGCUCCAGAGGCUCCUGUGGCCGGUACUUUGGAUACAGGCAGUUCGAACAAGAGUUGCUUAUACCAUUCAACAGCUCUUGGGCCCCCAUUGCCCUGAAGGACUUUCAUCUACCCUUCAACCAUCUCACCCAUCUGACUCUAGAGUCCAUAGAUGUCAAGGGUUGGGGCAAGUACCAGGCCACUCUCCUCCCUAAGAACCUCGCUCACGAGGAGGAAGUCCCAGCGCAAUUGAUGAAGUAG